AUGCUACGAUAUGUUUUUUGCAGCGUUCGUUCGUCAGGCAUCGCAAACCUUGAACUUAGAGUCUCCGGGAUCCGAAUCGCAGCCCCCGGAGGUCUGAUGCCAGGCUUUCCUGGACCUGCGAGUGGGCCACCAGGGCCACCGCCGAUGCCGAAGCUCCCUUGCUUCGGUGGCGGUCUCCCACAGUCGCAGGCAGACUUCGCGCAGCAGAUGAUGAACAUGGGCUUCAUGGCACCUCCGGGGCCUCCACCGAAGGGCCCUCCGGCGGAGGCCAUGAUGAAGCAGCGGCCACCUGGGCCUCCGAACGCAGGGCUCCAGAAGGUGGCAGGCACACCACCGGGUCCUCCGCCCAAGAACCCGAGUCAGGCUGGUCCGGGGCCUGGCAUGCGACCUCCGGGACCCCCUCCGAAGGCGAACACGGGAGAGCUUCCGCCGGGUGCAAAGCCACCGCCACCGCCGCCCAAGACAGCUGCAGGUUCCGCCGCACCAGCCACGAAGCCGCUGAACGCGGCGACUCGGUUCAUGCCGACUACCCUGCGCACGAAGAAGCCGUCGCAGGUCGCUGGUGGUGUGUUGCAGGCCUCUUCGGCGUCGCUAUCCCAGGACGCGCGGAAGAGGCUCUUGUUCACGGAGGCGCCCAAGGUGGCAGAGAAAGUGAACAUCGAAGACGCGUUUCAGGAUUUUAUGGGUCAGCUGGACGACUAG